UAAUCAUCACAUAAACCCACGCCACAAACCCCUCUUAUUCUUUCGUUCUACUUCUAAGUUCUAACCAUUUUUGAUUCUUUCCUUCACAUUUCAUUCCAUUUUUCAUUUUCAUUUGAACCAAAUUGAAGAUUGAAGCAACGAAAGAUCAUCUUUUGCUGGUAUGUUAACCGAAUUUGAGCUUUAAACCCUAUUAAUUUGAUUAAUAAUCUACUCAGUUUGUGUUAAGUUUGAUUUCGCUCUUAGGGAGCAGUAAAUAAUCAAAUUGUUGAUUACUUGAUUCUUCCAUUAUGAUGUUGGUAUUGAUUUGAAUCUUUUACAUUUGAUUUUUUGAUGUUUUUCUCAUCCAUUUGCUACUUCUGGGUGCAUUACUUUGUAGGUUUUUGUUUUUCCAUGGAAAGUUCCAUUGUCGUUUUAUUUGAAACUUAAAAUCAAUGUUGAGUUUAUUUAGAUAGACAUGGAUUGGAAUGAGAUAUUAGGAAAUGACUUACUUUUGUAUGGCCAGAAUUUUUAGCUGAUGUAGAAGGAUUGUGUCUAUGGUUUUUAGCCUGCAUAUUGGAGGAUAUAUUCUUUAUGACCCUAGUCAAAACAAAGCAACAACACAAUUCCAUUACCUCAAUGUUAAUAGUUGCUCCAUUUAGGCUGGGGUUUGGGGGUCGGAUGUACGCAUCCUUACCAUGAUAACAAAGAUGCAAUCAGGCAAUCUAGGCUUGGGUGCCAUUGUUCAAGAAAACUGAUCAAAACCCAACUAAUAUUAUAGUUGAGUUAGUUUCAGCACACAUACAAAGCAGAGUAUUCAGCCUACCAAUAUAGUACCCUGAAUUCUUCACUAUUUUUAAAUGACCUUUGGUAGCAAUAUUAUGUGCAACAUCACAAAGAUAACUAGUGCAUGUGAUUUAGUGAGCUAUUAAUAUAGUCCAUUAUAAUUCGAAGCCAAAGACCCAUAAAUUUUUAGCUGCAUUGGGAAUGGACAAUGCCCUUAGUUAAUUCAAUAAUGAAAAUUUUAUGCCUUUUCCAUUUUUCCUUUUGAAUUUUGUAAAUUGUUUGUACUUUGGAGAAAGUAUGUGUAUUUGGUUAAUGCAAGAAACUUUUUUGAAGUAUUGUAGUGAUCUCAUAUCUGCGAGGAGGAUCGAGGUGAUGAAAUUUUAGGAAUACCUGUUACAUCUAAAGAGCUCAAAUGAGGCAAUGCUAUGGCAUUAUUGACCUAUUUAGUGGCAUGCUUAUGCAUUAGACCACUAAGUUUUGCUGUUAUGCUGAAUGUGUAGAAUUAGUGUUAUUAGUGAUCUUUGUAAUUUUAGACUUAUGGGAGCAGGAUUUUCAUUACUUUUUUGAGCUGUAUUACAGGACAUUGAGCAUGUAUGUGGACUAGAAAGAAAAUAUGGUGCUUUAAAAUAAGAACUGAUGAAGAAACUAAAAAUGUGUCAGAUUUGAAGUAAAAUUGAUAAUAUGGUGGUUUUGGCUUUUUAAGCUUCAGCGUUAGAAAAAAAAACCUGCUAUUGAACAACUUUUUUGGGGCUCCCUUAUCAAGACAAAUAUGAGAGAACUUAUUGAAUGGAUAAGUGGUUAUUACAUCAAGCAUAAUGUAUUUGGAUAUGUACUCUCACCUUUAGAACCUCGUCAAUAUCAUCUUGGAAAGCCAACUUUGUUUUAUAAGAGAGGAGUUGAGUCUUGAUAUCAAGAGUUCAAGAUCCGAGACCAGUAAUGAGGUAACCGUUCCUAUUAGAGGCAUGUGGAUGCUCAGCCUAUAAAGACUAAUGGAUUGUGACUCGCUGUGGGCUGGGGUUAUCGCAAAGUAGAACCUCUGAUGUUGGUUGGCAGCCCUAUACAGUCUUCCUACUACUGCGAAAGAGUUUAUAAAGAUAUAUUCUUAGAGUAUGAAGUCAAAUACAGAAGCAACCCUACAUGAUGAAACCAUCUCAUCUCAUCAGUCUCCUUCCAUAAAACCUCAGCAGCCACCGCAAUUACUUCAUCAGACUGAUGCAGAUGAAGAAGACGAGAAUGUGAAACAGCUCGGAGAUUGCUCCUCUCUUUACUUGAACUUGCAGGAUUGUCUGAUCAAAAGUGAUAGAAACUGGAAAACGUGCCAGAGGGAGGUUCAAGCUCUAAAGGCGUGUCAUGAAAGGAAGAAGGGAGGGAAAUGAGGAAUGUGUUGCACAAUGGAGAUUGCUGAUUGAAGCAUAUAAAUGUAAACAGAGAACUCAAAUUUAAGUUGCCAUCACACAAAUGAGGCAUCAACUUGUCGUAGCUCUGCGUAAGCCAUAGACCAGCAUCGCCUCCAAGGGAACAAAAGAUGCUCAGCGCUUACUGAAACCUUAUGAAUAUUGAUAAACUUUUUUGGUAGCUGGAUAAUGUUUUUUUACGUUGUGGAACGGGUGCUAGGAAAGGAGGCAAUGAGAAUCGAACCUAAAUGCCUCCUGGAAAACGUAGUAUAUAUGUCACCUGAAACAAGACCUGAUUCUCAGAAUCUCGGCUUGAUAAUGUCAUUACUACUAACAAUAUGGUCUCAUAAUCAUAGGUAUUAUUGUCCUUCAACAUUGAGUUAAGCCACUGCUAAUUGUGAUCAAAAUAUCAUAGAAUCAUAUAUGGUUCUAUGAGAAAAAAAAAUGUUGCGUGCCAUUCAUCAUCAAAAUAUGAUCAUGAGGUUAUUUGUGUGCCUCAACUCACCAAUCUUUACAUUGAUUUGGAAGAUUUUAUGCAAAUUUUCGAGAAAAUAAAAGUUUGUAAAAAGUCAAGUUAAAUGUAUAAUUCUUCCUAUUUGGAGCAAAUGACACUCAUAUUGUAACAUUUCAUAAAAAAAUCCGAGAUAAUCCAUCCUUGAACAAUGUCACCAAGCAACAUUCCAAAUGUUCAUCUAGGGCUUUUAUUUGUUUGAGGUUGUGAUCACAUUACCUUGUUUAGUUUUUCUAUAAAUAGGAAGUAUUACUUCCAUAGCAUACA